AUGACUAAUUUUAUUCACCACGAUGUGAGCGAAAUAUCUUAAGCACAGUGUCUUUGACAUGCCUAAGCUAACUCCUAUUCUCCAUAAUCAAUUUUUCCAACACUAAGGUCAUUGCUUUGCCUUGACCAUUCUUGUUUUAGGAAACAGAGAAGCCUGCCUGUUAUAGUUAUGGGCACAAGUUGCAAUCUUGUCUUUGCUCUUGCAGUUUUCAUUCUGCUUCAUCACCAUACUUCACUGGCUAAGUUUCCCAAUAUCAGCACUGAUGAAGCAGCUCUUGUUGCCUUGAAAUCUCACAUUUUUGUUGAUCCUAACAUCUUAGCAACUAACUGGUCUUCUUUUAGCCCAGUUUGCAGCUGGAUUGGAAUCACUUGCAGCUCUCGCCACCAUAGAGUCGCAGCUUUGGACAUUUCUAGUAUGCAGCUUCAUGGUACUAUUCCACCACACCUUGGAAACCUCUCAUUUCUUGUUUCCCUCGACAUUAGUAACAACGCUUUCCGUGGAGAGUUGCCAGAAGAGUUGGCUCAUUUGCAAAGGCUGAAACUGAUUAAUGUGACAGACAAUAAUUUUACUGGUUCCAUUCCAACAUUCUUAAGUUUGUUACCAAAUCUUCGCAUUGUGCUCCUUUCGGGGAACCAGUUUUUCGGAGAAAUCCCCUCUUCCCUUUCCAACCUAACAAAGCUGCAAGUGUUGAGAAUACAGAGAAAUUUUCUGGAAGGAGAAAUCCCUCGAGAACUUGGUGAUGUUCACUAUAUGACUUUUUUAGACCUGCAACAUAACCAUCUUACUGGCUCUAUACCACCAUCAAUCUUUAACAUUACAACAAUACAAAUUAUUGCUCUUAGUCACAACAAUCUUACCGGUAAGCUUCCAACAGCUAUAUGUGACCAUCUUCCAAACCUGGAAUUGCUUUACCUCUCAACUAACUACCUAGAGGGCGUCAUUCCACCAAACAUAGAAAAAUGUGGAAAGCUUCAAAUCUUGUCAUUGCCAGUCAAUCAGUUCAUUGGAACUGUACCAAGAAAUCUAGCUAACUUGACAGCACUUACAAUAUUAGAUCUUCGAGACCUGCACUUAAAAGGUAGUAUGAUAUUUCCUUACAAGGAAUCGGAAAUUUUCUUCCCUCUCUCUCUCUCUCUCUCGCAAAUCGGUACUCAUAUAUUUCCCACACUUGACAGGAGAGAUACCAGCGGAGCUAGGUAAUCUUAGGAAACUCCAGGCGCU